CACGUCGCGCAAUAAAAACUGUUGAUCUCUGUAGCAGAAAGGUUAUGUAACGACAUUUAAAAAGCUCAGAGCUCGCAGAUAUAUUCACAAUUCACUACAAACCACUGACAAGAGCACACCGUGAUUUGCAUUCUCGCAAAAAGGGCCAAGCACUUUUUCAUAUUUCCAUUACCCUCAAUAUCUUUACAUUGAGUUUGGUUGGAAAAAGUGAAGGCCCAUCUCCCAUACUCUUCAACAUUGAAGGGCAUUGUUUAACUGAAGACGUCAACUCUAUUUGCAGGGCACUACAAACUGUAAAAGAAUGAAACCAUCACAGGCUCGUAUGCUUGCUCUGCGUUUGACUGUACCUCAGAAUGCAUCAGCCGCUCAACAGUCCUCUCAGUUUGACAAAUUAGUGUUCCCAACUGCGUUCCUGUUGGCCGGAAUCGGAGUCGGCGUAUCCUCCUUCAGCCUGAAGCAGCUGUUGGAGAAGCCUAGGCAUCGCUAAAGUCAGAGACCAUCAAUACCAGCAGGAAGAUGAGGAUAGGAGGUCCAGUUUUAUUUAUUUUUAACCUGCGCUCAAAUAACAACAAGGAAACAACACAUCUUAAGAUAAAGAAAAACUUUUUUUUUAAUAAUUGUACUCUGCAAGGAGAGAGACAGAGAGUUGAUGAUCGUUAGAUGAAGAAGAGGUAAUAGCAACAUGUGUAACUGCGGCGAGGUUCACACAGUGCUCUCCUUCAAACGGUAUAAAUUCAAAUUCAUUUUUACCAUCAACUCGGUUAGACCUUGCGCCUCUAACCUAUCUUGAUUUACUACCCUCAUACAAUCACAAGUAGCAGUAAACCAAAGUUUUGGAAUUCGAAUUUGAAACAAAUAUUGGAUAAGAAGAAGGUUGAUGAAUAUGGUAAACCAAGGUAGCCGAUGAAGCGAUCAACUGUAAUAUGUAUAAUAGGAUGGAGAGAUGCUCUACAGCGCGCUCCGCUUUACAACUCGCUACACUCUGUAUGUAUUAUAGUAUUAUUGUAAUUUAAAUUAUUAAAAUGUUAGGUAGUACAAUUGUAA